AUGUCGAAGAUAACUUCAGAAAUAGAAGGUUGCAGUGGAACUGGGGCAUUGACCCGGUCAUCUUUUCUGGGGAUCAUUAGCUGCCUUCCUUUCAGCUGCGGCGAACGCGGCAAACACUUUGUGCUGGUCCACGGGGCGUGUCAUGGCGCGUGGUGCUGGUACAAGGUGGCAACCUUGCUGAGAUCAUCCGGUCACAACGUCACAACGAUCGAUUUGGCCGCCUCUGGCAUCAACCCGAUUCAAGCUAGCUCACUCCUUUCGAUUUCCGACUACUUCAAGCCCCUAAGAGAUGUCAUGGAAGAGAGAUACCCAAAGAAAAUUGCAGUUGCUGUAUUUGUCAUUGCCUUGAUGCCUGGUCCGAUACUUAAUAUCACUAUGGUCUAUGCUGAGGAUUGGACGUUGGCCAACACGCUAAUGAGACCGCAACGCCUGUUCAACGACGAGGACAUGACGAGGGAAAUAACGUUGUCCGAGCAAAAUUACGGGUCUGUCCGAAGGGUUGCUGUCAUAUCCGAGGACGACAAGCUAAUAGACAAGGACUUCAUGCUGUGGAUGAUCGAGAGGAACCCACCGGACCAAGUGCUGGAGGUGAAAGGUUCAGAUCAUAUGGUCAUGAUGUCCAAGCCUAUGCGACUGCUCGCCCUCCUUCAGCACAUUGCCAAUAUUACCCAUUACUAA